AUGAGUGCCGUAAUCUACAUCAGAUCGAAGAAAAUCAACGAGCCUGCCUCAACAAUUAUCGUUUCUGCAAAAACGAGGGUGGCACCGAUCAAGGAAGUAACGAUUCCUCGCCUCGAACUCACCGCAGCACUACUGCUCACCCGUCUUGCAAACUCAACUCUCAAGAUGCUCGAACUCGACAAUGUGGAAACUCACCUCUGGUCUGACUCAUCUGUUGCUCUGGCGUGGAUAACCAGCCAUCCGUCAUGCUGGAAGGAAUUUGUCCACAACAGAGGAGCAGAAAUCCAAGAGACAUUGCCAGAAGCAACCUGGAGACACGUCAGCGGAAAGGAUAAUCCAGCGGAUUGCGCCUCCAGGGGAAUCUCAACAAAUCAACUGAUCAACCAUCCACUCUGGUGGUCAGGACCUGACUGGUUAAGUCAAGAACCAGAUCAGUGGCCACAAUCUACAAUCAACAUUCCCUCAGAAGUCUCACUUGAAGAAAAACAAACACCAGCUCAUCCAGUCGCAGCUGAGGUCAACGUCAACGCUCUAGCAGAGGUGCUGGAGAGAUAUUCAACACUUUCAAAGGUGCUGCAAGUGAUAGCCACCGUCAACAGAGCAAUCACCAGGUUCAGAAGGCAACCCACACCCCAGACACCAGUCAUCACACCAGAAGAACUCAACGAGGCUCGACUGUUCUGGGUAAAACUAAUUCAAAAUCAAUUCUUUGCUCCAGCAAUCAAAAUCCUGAAGAGAGAACAUCAACUACCAAAAGGAAAUCCAUUAUCAAAGCUGACUCCAAUCCUAGACGAGCUAGGAAUCAUGAGAAUUGAAGGACGGCUCAAAAACGCUCAACUGGACCAUGACGAGAUUCAUCCAAUCAUCCUGCCUCGUCAUUCACAUCUCAACACACUGGUCAUCAACGAAGCUCACCGACGAACCCUCCACGGAGGUACUCAACUGACACUGGCAGUCACCCGCCAACAAUACUGGAUAAUCGGCGGCAGAGGUACAGUUCGAUCGCACAUCCUUCACUGCGUCAUCUGUACCAGAUAUCGUGCUCAACGAGCUCAACAGCUGAUGGGGCAACUUCCCGCAGCCAGAGUAUCACCAUCGAAAGCAUUUCUCCACACAGGGGUGGAUUAUGCCGGUCCGAUGCCCAUACUCAAGUGGAGACCAACAAAUGCCCAACCAGCCUCGGUGCACAUCGCAGUCUUCGUCUGCUUAAGUACAUCAGCAGUGCACCUGGAACUAGUAACACGUCAAACAACAGACGCAUUCAUCGCAGCGUUCAAGAGAUUCACCGGGAGACGAGGAAUCCCACAAGUAAUGUACAGUGACAACGGUAGCAACUUUGAAGGCGCCUCUAAAGUCCUGCAUCAACUCUACAAUCGAGAAUCACCAGAGAAUCAACAACUCCAAGCUGCGCUUGCCACAAAUGGAACUCGCUGGAGCUUCAUACCACCACGAGCACCCCAUUUCGGUGGCAAAUGGGAAGCAGCUGUGAAAUCUACGAAACAUCACCUGAGAAGAACGCUGGGAACAACUACACUCACCUACGAAGAACUCAACACCAUCUUGAUCCAAAUCGAGGCCUGCCUAAACUCCAGGCCAUUCUCACCAAUGUCUGACGAUCCAGACGACCUUCAAGCGCUCACCCCAGGACACUUCCUGAUCAGUGAGGCACUCCAACUCAUUCCAGAGCCAUCGUACCUGGAUGACAACCCAUCAAAAAUGCAUAGAUGGAAUCUAAUCACCCAGAAAAUUCAACAAUUCUGGUCAAGAUGGUCCAAGGAGUGUCUCCAACGAUACCUAGCAACCUACAAGUGGAAUCAACGACAAGAAAACAUCAAAGUUGGAGACAUGGUAUUAGUAGUCAACGAGAACUUCCCACCAGCAAGGUGGCCACUAGCACGGGUUACAGCCGUUCACCCAGGAGCCGAUGGGCUCACCAGAGUAGCAACAGUAAAGACUGCCUACUCUGAGGUCUCCAGGCAUGCAGACGGUACCCCCAAUCCAGAGAGGUACGAAACGAGAAUCAGCACCUGGGACCGCCCGAUCACCAAGCUCUGUCUGUUAACCACAGACCCACCAGGAAAUCACCCACCAGAAAUCAACGCAGAAGAAAAUCAUCAGUAA